AUGAAAAAAAAGCCUCGAAACCCCGAGAGGAAUGGAAAAAGGCGUCCCGAUAUAUCAAAAGACAGCCGUCACCCGCGCAGACACACCCUGCGUCGUCUAGUAAUUGAUUUCCACCCCUCAGGAAUGCUGGCCUGUCGCGUAUAUGCCCUGUACAAGAACUCAUUACCCCUGCGCACGGUGCUGCGUGCCAUCAGUCGAGUGGCUUGUGGCUUAGUUGUUGGACUAGCAGUUCACUGUGACCCGCAAAGUAUCCGGCAGAUCCCAUUCAGCGGGGGGGUGAAGGCGUCUGAGCCGCUCCCUGGGGCCACAACGGGCCCCUGCCCACCACACAAUGCCAGGCGGCGCGCCGAAGCGAGACGGCCGCCGGAACAA